AUGAUCAGCAUUAAUUUGUCCUGGAAGGAUGCCCCAACGAGUCGCAUCGUGCAUCUAAUCCAAGUCUUUCUGCAGUUCCUCGCAGCUAUCAUUGUCAUUGGCCUCAAUGCCUCAGAUAUAGCAGAUGAUCCCACAAACACCGGCAUCUCAGUUCUCGCCAUCGUCAUCGCCACAUUAUCAACAGUGACAACCAUCCUGUUUGCGCUCGACAUUUUCUACCCAAUUCCAAGUCGUCUGUGGCUACUAUGGGUCCUAUUCUGGGAGUGGGUCUUGGCAUUCUCUUGGGUCGGUGUGGUUGCCGCCUUUGGGGACCGAUAUUUCCAGAACCACACGACUCGCUUCCACGUUGCCGCCGGGUUCAAUGUUGUCAAUCUGAUCCUAUGGUUGCUGGGCUCGGUGUACGGUACCAUAUUGAUGUGUUGCAGGAAGAAACUGGGUGGCAAGAGGCCUCCUGACGACGUCGAGCUGAAAUGA